AUGAACCCUUUUGACCUAUUUAAAAAAUACCGAAACACAGAGCCAUUGAGUAUUUUAUUGCUCAGAGCUUUCGUAAUGAUUGCUCUUAUGGCAGCUUUAGUAGGAUAUAUUACGGCAUUAUUUAUAGAUAUAGCAAAUGAGCCUCCGUCAAUUAAAACCUUAAUCUAUGAAGCGGAUUCUCUGCCUAUACCUGAUUUGGUUUUUGCGUUUAAACUAAAUUUCAAAAUGCAAUGCAAAUUCUAUACAACCCAAGGUGCUGUCGCGGAUUCUUGUGAUAAUUAUCUUUACCAACCAACUUUAUCAAAUGGAUCAUAUAUUGGUGCAUUCACGGCGAAUUCAGAACGUUCUUUUACGCAGAAAGGUCCAAACCCUAUCGGAUUCGUCGGCAUCACUGCUUUCGUUAAUGAUCCUUCCUUUAAUUACAAGGACGAUAACGUAAUGACGAUGAUGGCUAUUGAUUCUGAAAAGGAUCCUAUCAAUGUUCAAUAUGCCGGUCAAGUGACCCAAGACAUGAUAGAUUCCCUUCCAGUCUAUACGCGAGAAUUUAUGUUUAGUAACGUUGCUACAAUGGUGAACGGAGAGGUAGUAAGUACGACAUUUACCCGGGGAAUCCGGAAUUCGAUUAAAAAAAGAUUUAUCGACAUAUUUGGGAUCACCCCAGAGAUGGAACAAGUACCAUUUAUUAUGAUAAGCACACAGGGUAUUCCUAAUCCUGUGAUUAAUGUGACUCAGACUUACGUCUCUGGUUUGCUCCUCAAACCACUAAAUUUUAUAAUUCGCGAGGAUACCGAACAGAGAAUUAAAACACAGAAUAAACUAAGAAGUACAUUGCCUCUCAUACCGCUCGUUAACCAAGACUCAACUAAUAUUUCACAGAACAUCAACGAUCAGAGUGCAUUGGUUUCACACUUACAAGAUCGUAUCAAUGCGUUAGAGAUGUUCUUAAAGGAAUAUGUGGUAGAUACAGAAUAUUUGGAAUCUCUGGUUAAAAAAGGCACGAAAAGUCAUGGCGAAAAACCCGUGCCAAAUAAUAACCGUUAUAAUGAACCUUCCUAUAACGUAAUGCAAACUCAACAACCGUACUAUUCGCCGGUUGGUCAAACGGGUGGUGGUUAUAAUGUUCGAUACGAAUAA